AUGAACUGCACCAUCGCCUCUGAAGAUGCUUUCGGGCCUCAGGGUCGGGAGUGUUAUGGCGGCUACGACUUUACUCUGCUAUUCGAGGAGUCUGUAAUGACGAUCGGCCCGAUCGGACUUUUACUUCUUUGUCUUUUCCCUAGAGUGGUCUACCUAUACAGAAAGGCACCGAGAGAUGGAAGUAAAGAUGGCGCUUAUACGGCCAAACUCAUCAGCUACGGGUGGUUCGCUGCCGUCCAAACAGCUAUUCUAGUAUCAUGGACAUCAAGCAAUGAACCCGUGACACGCACGACUAUCCCAGCUGCGGCGCUCAGUCUGGUCGAUGCUAUUAUGCUCGGUGUCGCAUCGCAUUUUGAACACACGCGCUCUGUAAAACCGGCCCUUCUCAACGAGAUCUACCUCUUUUUUACCAUUGCCUUCGAUGCCGUUCGACUACGCACAUUAUGGGGUGUGGGGUAUCAUGGUCACAUAUUCAAGUUAUUGACUAUUUCGGUUAUAUGGAAGUUGGUCUUGCUAGUGCAGGAGGCCUGGCCUCGGGCGCUUGGUACAUUGGAACAGUCAUACAGUCCUGAAGAGAAGGUCGGGUGGAUCAACCGGCGCAUGUUUUGGUGGGUUAAUCCGUUACUGUUUCUGGGCUCCAAGAAAGAUCUACAGGCAGACGAUCUCUUCACACUCAACCGGUCCCUGCAGUCUGAAGUUUGUUCGAAGAGCUUCUCCAAGGUUUGGGAGAAUGCAAGCCCGACAAGGAAAGGCAAGAGAAAUGGACUUCUCUGGAUUAUGGCGUGGGAGCACAAGCUGGUUCUUCUCACUGCCGUUAUUCCUCGACUGUGCUUCACGGCUUUCACCUUCACCCAGCCGUUUCUUAUCGAUGCGGUCGUCAAAUACCUGCAAACUUUGUCGGAGAAACACAAUCGCAAGGAUGGAUAUGGGCUGCUCGGUGCAUAUAUCAUUGUAUACGUGGGUUUAGGGAUUUCCGAAGCAUGUUACCAGCACAUCACCUACCGUACUAUCGUCCUCAUGAGGGGUUGCCUUGUGCCGCUAAUCUAUGAGAAGACGCUCUCCAUGGAUCCGAGAACGGCCGAAGAAUAUGCGCCGGUAACGUUGAUGAGCGCUGACAUCGAAAAGAUAGCUUUUGGUAUGCGCUACAUGCAUGAAGCUUGGGGUAAUAUUAUCGAAAUUGCUUUGGCACUGUGGCUGCUAUAUCGCGAGCUGAACUAUGGAGGACUGAGUCCUAUCCUUAUUGCAGUCGUGUGUGGAGCUACUGCUGCAACCAUGGCACCGGCUGUCGGGCGACGUCAGGCGACUUGGGUUGAGGGCAUACAAAAGAGAAUCGACGUCACGACAUACAUGAUCAACUCCAUGAAGAGCUUGAAGUUGGAAGGACUGACCCCUUGGUUCAUGGAUUUUGUACAAAAUUUGCGAGUUCAGGAGAUAGGAUACGCUAAUCGCUUCCGAUCCUUUCUCAUAUACGCUGUCAGCUUGUCAUUCGGAACUUCGGUCAUAUCGCCCGUCGUCGGCUUCGGUAUAUUCAUCGCCUUAUCGCGAUCUGACAAUGGCCCGGAGCUGACCACCGCAAGGGCAUUUACAACUCUGUCUCUGUUUUCGGUCCUUCAGAACCCAAUGUCAAUGUUACUUCAAUCUGUUCCAAACCUCAUCUCGGCCGUCGGAUCUAUCGAGCGCGUGCGCGUGUUCCUAAUGACCGAGAACACCAAAGAAGUCGGCUUCCUCAGCUCCUUCACCUCCGAACAGACCCUCUUCCCAGAAAUGGACAACCUCCGAGACAUGGAAAUGAAGAUUACAGAAAUGGAGAAUGCAGUCGAGGCGUUGAACUGGAGUGUGGGAUGGGUAUCUACUCGUGAGCCGGUCGUGAAACGAAUGACUUUCAAAAUCCGACCGUCUACGCUUACGAUCAUUACAGGCCCAACUGGCUGUGGGAAGUCGACUUUGUUAGCUGGCCUGAGGGGCGAGACAGCCGUGACCAAAGGGUACAUGAGGUGUCGCUACUCGUCUGCCGCAUUCUGUGGUCAAGAUCCGUGGCUGCAGAACGGAACUAUUCUCAGUAAUAUCCUUGGCCCUGCGACUUAUGAGCCGCGAUGGUUUCGGGAGGUUACGCAGGCUUCUGGCUUGAGACAAGACCUGAGGUCGAUGCCGUUAGGUGUUCAGACGGUUGUGGGAAGUAAAGGACUGUCAUUGAGCGGCGGCCAGAAGCAUCGUGUUGCACUUGCUAGGGCGCUUUAUUCACGACAGCCCUUGUUGCUCCUCGAUGAUAUAUUUAGUGGGUUCGAUGCGGACACAGAGAAGCUAGUGAUAGCUCGGCUGUUCGGUCAAGGUGGCUUUUGUCGGAAACACAACCUAACCACCAUCCUUGCAACCCAUUCCACUCGCCUUACCUCCUCCGCAGACUACACCAUCACGCUCGAUAGCAAAGUCCGUUUCUCAGAAAAGGAGGAUUCCAUUAUUUCCAGCCUCCCCGGCCCUAGCGGAGGAGACUUCCUCCCAGAGCCCAUAAUGAGCGAUGCAAGACUGAGCUGGAUUGUGAGACAGUCCAAUCCCGAUGUACCGCACGAACUUGCCGCGCAGCUUGAAACAUCUGAUGCUAGCCGUCGGACAGGCGAUGUGACGAUCUAUAAGUACUAUCUUGAAAUGGUUGGAAUACUCAACUCUGUGGUAUUCUUUAUCGCGGUCGCAAUCUUCACAUUCAGUUUGGCAUUUCCGAGUGUAUGGGUCCAGUGGUGGGCUGCUGCAAACGAAAGGCACCCAUAUAAGGACCUUGGCAUGUAUUUGGGCGUUACGCAUAUGAUGAGCAAUAUGAUCCCCCGGGCGUCAAGAAGAUUGCAUAAGAUUCUGCUUCGCACUGUUUUGAACGCUCCGAUAUCUUUCUUUAAUACGACGGAUUCUGGCGUGACUACGAACAAGUUCAGUCAAGACAUGCAACUAGUGGAUAUGGAGCUACCACUUGCUCUUGUUGAGACGAGCGUUGCCCUCAUGUCUGCAAUAGCACAGCUGCUAAUAGUUUUCAUCACUGGAAAAUACCUUGCAGCCAUCAUCCCACUAUGCCUUGCAGUCUUCUACUUUCUGCAAAAGUUUUAUCUCCGAACUUCACGCCAGCUACGGUUCAUGGAACUAGAAGCCAAAUCUCCCCUCUAUUCCAACUUCAUGGAGACCGUGAACGGACUGGUAACCAUUCGCGCUUUCGGAUGGCAGACUAAUUUUCUCAACAAUAUCUGCGGAUUAACAGAUGCAUCGCAACGGCCGUAUUACCUGCUCUUCGUUAUCCAGAGAUGGCUCACCCUCGUCCUUGACAUGGUUGUGGCAGGAAUGGCAACGUUGAUUGUUGGAAUCGCAGUCGGCGCUCCUGGUUCUAUUGGAGCUGGUUCUGCGGGACUGGGACUGCUGAAUAUUAUUAACGUGAGCGAAAGUCUGAAACAACUUAUUUCAAAUUGGACUGUCCUAGAAACAUCGAUCGGAGCAGUGUCGCGUGUCAGACAGUUUCAGGAUGAUGUUCAACCUGAGGAUAGGCCGGAGGGACAUAUUGAAGUUCCGACGCGCUGGCCGGAGAGGGGUGACAUUAAGUUCUUCAAUGUUACUGCGUCUUAUAGACCCGAUAGCGAACCGAUUCUCAGUGACGUGACAUUGUCAAUCUCAGCUGGUGAGAUGGUCGCUGUUUGCGGUCCUAGUGGCAGUGGCAAGAGUUCAUUAGUCCAACUCCUCUUCCGCCUUCUCGAACCCGACAAUGGUCAAAUUACUAUCGACGGAUUAGACCUUGGCUCUAUCUCUUGCCAGGACAUCCGAUCGUCUCUCUCAUGUAUUUCCCAGGCAGUGACCAUCCUUCCCGGCACUGUACGACAAAACAUAGAUCCACUUGGGAAAGAAUCCGAGGAAAGUAUUACCAAUGUGCUAAAAGAGGUCAAACUGUGGGACAUCGUGUCCACACAACUUGGCGGCUUGGACGGCCAGGUGCAAGAAGACAGUUUCUCGCAGGGGCAGAAGCAGCUUUUGCGCUUAGCUGCUGCUAUGUUGAGGAAGAGCAAAGUUGUUGUAUUGGAUGAAGCGACUAGUAGUGUCGACCCCGAAACUGACGCACUCAUGCAGCGUCUCAUCCGGACGGCAUUCGCAGGCUGCACAGUUAUUGCAGUUGUUCAUCGACUCCAUACCAUUCUUGAUUUCCACAAAGUAGUUGUCAUUGAGAAUGGACGCGUUGUCGAGUGUGGCGCUCCGAAAGACUUGCUGGCCGAGAAUGGCCUCUUCAGCCAACUCUACGGGAGAAGCACCAUUACUUCCACCACCACAGACAUGGACCCUGAGAAGUCAUGGCUCAAGAUAUAG